AUGUCUUCAACAGCGAUCCAAAGCCGGACGACAGCCAAUAGCACCCCGAUCGAGAGGGGCAGGUAUGGCCAAUACUACAGCCCCGUGAUGGAGGCCGAUGCAAUGCGCGUUAUAGUCACUGAACAAUGCGCCAUGAAUCCCGCAAAGGCUGCCGUUCUUCUCCAGAUCGCCGCAAAGGGCGUGGGCAAGGGCGUAUCAGACCAUAGCAGCUUCACCAAACGGCCCAUCGAACGCGCCCGCCGGAGUCUCGUUUACAUAUACUGUAUGAGCUUCGGCACGACCGCCGAACGCAGACGAAUCACGGACGCGACGCACCGCGCGCACAUGCGCGUUAAGGGAGCAGACUAUGACGCCGACGACGUGGACCUCCAACUCUGGGUUGCUGCUACGAUCUACUGGUCCAUGGUCCAUGGGUACGAGGAGGUAUACGGUCCUCUUGGCGAGGAUUUCGCCGACCAGGUCUACAAGGAGUUCUCAGUUAUGGCUACUGGUCUGCGUGUCCCGCCUGAUAAGUGGCCCAGGGACCGUAAGGAGUUCAAGGAGUAUUGGGAUCGGACUAUCGAUGAACUUGAGGUCACGGAUGAGGCUAGGGCUGUGGCUAAGGAUGUUAUGUAUCCCGGUCAGAACUUGACUUGGGGUGUUUGGAUACUUGCCAAGCUGCUAGGGCCUAUGCAGCGUGUUGCUACUGUUGAGUAUCUGCCGGAGAGAAUCAGGAACAAGCUUGGGUUCCCGUCUACAUCCUAUACUCGCAUCAUGUAUUGGCUCAAAUCGUCUGUUGAUAGGGCUGUGUAUCCGUGGAUGCCACAGUUUGUUCGGCAUUUUUCGAGGAAUUACUACAUGGCCGAUUUCCGUGCUCGCUUGGCAAGGGGAGCUGGGAUAUGA